UACUUUACAUUCAUUCACGCACAUACAGAUACUUACGUCUCUGUCAUUGUGAAGCGAACUUGCAAGCCGCUCCAACAUUGAAUAUGCAAAAUCUCCUCCUUACUUUUAUCUCGUUCCCAAUCCUUAUUUUCCUCACUGAUUUCAUCCACAAAAUCAUAUGGGUCCCCUUCAAAAUCCAAAACCACUUCAGAAAGCAAGGGAUUUAUGGCCCUACCUACCGUCCGAUCUUCGGCAACACGGCUGAGAUCCGAAGGCAUAUGAUUGCCAAAGCAGAGUCGAGCCCUCUCUCUCAAAUCACACACGAUAUAGUUCACAGGGUGAUCCCACAUCAUUACAACUGGUCGACGCUCUAUGGGAAGACUUUUCUGUUCUGGUUUGGGGCCAAGCCCAGAUUGGCUAUAGCGGAUCCGGAUCUGAUCAAAGAGAUUUUGAUUAAUUCUAAUGGCAAUUUUGGGAAAAUUCAAUUCAAUCCUUCUUCUAAGAUUCUUUUUGGUGAUGGGCUUGUUGUGCUGGAUGGGGACAAAUGGGCCGUCCAUAGGAAGAUCACUGGCCAGGCCUUUAACAUGGAAAGAGUAAAGGGUUGGAUCCCAGAAAUAGUAGCUAGUACAAAAAAGAUGAUGCACGGAUGGGAGCAAGAAACAAGCGAGAGGAGUGAAUUCGAGGUGGAUGUGCACAAAGAUCUUCAUGAGCUCUCUGCGGACAUCAUAUCCCGAACUGCUUUUGGUAGCAGUUUUGAGGAAGGGAGACGUAUUUUUGAAUUACAAGAACAGCAAGCUAAUCUUUUUUUGCAGGCACUCCGAAGUGUAUACAUCCCUGGAUUCAGGUUUUUGCCUACCAAGAAAAAUAAAAUGAGGUGGAAUUUAGAGAAGGAAACUCGAAAGUCAAUAAGAAAAAUUAUCGAGAAUAACAGCAAAAUUAGAGAAAACCCGCAGGCUCUACUUACAUUAUUAUUGUCUCCAUAUAAGUCAGAGAAUGGUAAAGAGGAAAGACUUAACGCAGAGGAAAUCAUAGAUGAAUGCAAAACAUUCUACUUUGCAGGAAAGGAAAUAACUGCAAAUCUAUUGAGUUGGGCGCUUCUUCUAUUAGCAAAUCAUCAAGAAUGGCAGAUUAGGGCACGGGAAGAAGUUUUCGGCACCUGCAGAGGUGGGGCGUUACCGACUGCAGAAAAUUUAACUGACCUGAAACUUAUUGGCAUGAUAAUCAAUGAGACUCUUCGACUCUACCCUACAGCAGUAGCGCUGACGAGACAAACAUCUAAGAAUGUUAAGUUGGGAAGCAUCGACAUUCCUGCUAAUACGCAGUUCUAUUUGGCCAUGACUGCUGUACAUCAUGACACGAAAAUUUGGGGAGACGAUGCAAAUGAAUUUAACCCUCUGCGAUUUGCUGGACCUCGAAAGCAUUUAGCAUCAUUUUUCCCGUUCAGUUUAGGCGCGAGAAUCUGCGUCGGUCAAAACUUAGCUAUUGUGGAAGCUAAAGUCGUUCUAGCCAUGAUCAUCCAACAGUAUACUUUUGUAAUUUCCCCAUCUUAUGUUCAUGCACCAAUCCAGUCUAUGACCCUGCAACCCCAGUAUGGUGUACAAAUUCUCUUUAGCAGGAUUUAAGAAAUUUGAUAAACAACUAGAUAUUGUGUUCUGCCAAUCUAGUUUGUUGAAAAUGGCUUAAUUUGUGGGUUCUUUUGUGAGAUUCGAUGAUGAACAUUACAAUAAAAUGUAUUUCCAAUUGUCCUUGUUGCAUUGAUUAUC